UGACACCGAGGGUGGGAGGGAACAUAUGUGAACCAGUCGAUUACGUCGACACCGCAGUCUCGCAAGCACACCCACUGCAUAACGCCCUGCUGUGCUAGCUACGUCUCACCAGACCUGACAUUGAAGUGAAGGCUCCCUCGGAGCCAGUGGAACACACCAUGGCCACGGCGGUUCCGCUGGACCCGGACUUGUUGCGGGAGGUUCUGGAGUGCCCCAUUUGCCUGGAGACGUACAGCCAGGAUCAUCUGCGGCCCAAGCUUCUGCAGUGUGGCCACACCGUGUGCCGUCAGUGUCUGGAGAAGCUGCUGGCCAGCACCAUCAACGGCGUGCGCUGUCCCUUCUGCAGCAAGGUCUCACGCAUGAGCAGCAUCACGCAGCUGGCCGACAACCUGACCGUGCUGAAGAUCAUCGACUGCGCCUGCUCCUGGUGCCCCAGCACCACGCUCAUGUGCAAGUCCUGCAACAACCGCCUGCCGCGCCAGUACUGCCGCGACUGCGCCAUGGUGCUGUGUGACGCCUGCAAGGCCGAGACACACCAGCAGCAGGGCCACGCCGUGCAGACCAUUCGCACCGCCGCUGAGCAGCACCGCAAGGAGCUGGGCGGCAGGCUGUCGGCGCUGCGCGAGACCAUGGCCAGCAUCCAGAAAAAGAAAGCAGCCAUCGACAGCGUGGCCAAGUCUCUGCGGCUCAAGUACAAGGCGGUGCAGCAGGAGUACGCCCGGGCAGAGCUGCGGCUGCAGGAGGAGCUGGGCCGAUCGCGGCGCGCCUUUGCCGCCUCCAUGGCCGAGGUGGAAAAGCUCAACGCCCAGAUCCUGGAGGAGCAGACGUACCUGCUAAACAUCGCCGAGGUGCAGGUGGUGUCGCGCUGCGAAUACCUCACCACGCGCAUUAAACAGUCGGACAUCGCUCUGCUGGAGGACGGCUGCAGCACGUCGGGCGGCGACGAGGACGAGCCUGACCUGAAAGCCAGCCUGCCGCUGCUGCUGAAGCUGCAGGACCCCGAGCUGGUCAAGACGGAGCACCCCAAACCGCUGGAUGUGGGGCAGCUGACCACCAAGCCCUGCACUGUCAACACGGACGAGGAGGACGGACAGGAGCUGGUGGCCGCCGCUGCCGCCUCCGCACCGCUAGACCUCUACCGCGACAUCGACAUGAUCACGGCCGUGGAGGCGGUGUGCGCCUCGCCCGGCAGCUUCAAAUCAAAGUCGGUGGAUGGCGGGGGGCCGUCUCCCGGGGCGACAGGGUCAUCAUCAGCGUCGGGCGCACAGCUCUGCCAGUUCGUGAAGAAGAUGGGCUGCAAGGGCAACCUACCCGGCAUGUUCAACCUGCCGGUGAGCAUUUGCGUGACGCCGCAGGGCGAGGUGCUUGUGGCUGACCGCGGCAACUACCGCAUCCAGAUCUUCAACCGCAAGGGCUUCCAGCGGGAGAUCCGCCGCAACCCCAGCAGCAUCGACAACUUCGUGCUCAGCUUCCUGGGGGCCGACCUGCCUAAUCUCAUCCCGCUCUCGAUCGCCAUCACGCCCCAGGGCCUCAUCGGCGUCACCGACAACUAUGACAACUCCGUCAAGGUUUACACCACCGACGGCCACUGCGUGGCUUGCCACAAGAACCAGCUCAUCAAGCCGUGGGGCAUCGCCGCCAUGCCCUCGGGCCAGUUUGUGGUGUCGGACGUAGAGGGUGGAAAGCUGUGGUGCCUGGCGGUGGAUCGGAACGUGGGCGUGGUGAACUACAACCGUCUGUGUUCGGCGGUGCGGCCCAAGUUCGUGACGUGCGACCCGGCAGGGACGGUGUACUUCACGCAAGGGCUGGGCCUGAACAUCGAGAACCGGCACAACGAGCACCACCUGGAGGGCGGCUUCUCCAUCGGGUCGGUGGGCAUGGACGGCCAGCUGGGCAAGCAGCUGAGCCACUUCUUCUCCGAGACGGAGGACUUCCGCUGCAUCACAGGCAUGUGCGUGGACGCCAACGGCGACCUGAUCGUCACGGACAGCGGCCGCAAGGAAAUCCUGCAGUUCCCCAAGGAGGGCGGCUACAACGUGCUGAUCGCGGAGGGACUCACCUGCCCCGUGGGGGUGGCCGUAACGCAGAAGGGCCAGCUGCUGGUGCUGGACUGCUGGGAUCACUGUGUCAAGGUCUACACGUACUUACAGAAACGACGUUCCUCCACCUGCUAGAGCUUGGCCUGGGGGUGGGUGGGGGUUGGCUCGGCACUGUCUGUUUGGGGGGGGGGGGACCGGGUCAGACAUUUUUGAAGUGGGUGGGUGGGUGGGGGGUGGAUAAAGACUCUUAUUAUUACUCGUCACUUUAAUCUGUUUUCUCUGCUGCGUUCUAAACCGCGACUGACUGCUUCUCUCCGAGGCCAACUCCUGUCAGGAGCUGAGGAGAUCCGGCGACAGCCUUCACUACAAUCGCACCGGGCUCGGUUUGAUUCAGCUCGCCUCUGCCACGCGCUCAAUGUCAGGGGACAGUCACGAAAGCCAGCCAGGCCUGCCUGCCUGCGUCGCCUCCUUUAGCAGGCCCCAGCACAAUGGAAGGCAAUAGUCGGACAGUCUUGGGUGAGAGAGAGAGAGAGCGAGAGAGCUUGUCAAUCAAUGUGAUUCAAGACAGCUGCUUUAAUGUCUCUAUGAUGUGACUUCUGAGAGACUAGUGAGGAGAGUCUGAUAGCAACAUUUACAAAACAAAGAUAACUAUUUGUGUGUGUGUGUGUUUGUGUGUGUGUGUGUGUGUGUGUGUUUCAGAGUUAAUGUGUCAGGUCGGUUAAUACUUCCAUACCUGAAGGGGUUGACCUUGUCAUCUGAAACGUGUCACCAAUGUCCUAUUUCCCUUCCCUCUCUCUCCCGGCGAUGUGUAAAAUUAGUUAUUCCACCCUCUAGUCAGUCACACUACUUAUACUUGAAUGGCUGGCUUUAUUGGAAGACGAACUUGGCCCGAAUGAUUUUGCUUCCCUAACAAGUUGGCCCUUGCCUGAUGUAAUCAAAAUGGCAAGACGUUCACAGACGUUAAUCAUUAGUUAAUAUGUUUGUACAAUGUAGCACUGAUCAUCUGUUCCAGGGAAAUAAAAUGCAUUGUGGAACGCUAAAAUGGCUUUACUCUCAUAUUCAGACUGUCAACCUCCUUUUUGUUUUUAUUUAGUACUCUUUUUAAAGAAUUUGGAAAACUGUAAUUACCAAAGGACUUUAAAUCAUGAUAAUUUUGUAUGUUUUUGUUUUUGGUUUGUUUGUUUGUUUGUUUGUUUGUUUGUUUGUUGCCAGCAUGCCAACUUUGUUACUCCGUUAGAUCAUGUAAGGCCGGGAUCGCAAGUACAUAAUCAGUCUGAAGUUAACCAGACAGGCUCCAAGCAUACGUCGUUACAUAUGAUCUAAACAAGAAAAAACAAAGCAUCAAUGUUUUAAGUGUCCUUGUCUCUUUCGUGAUGAAUCACACAAGACUGUCGUUGGGUUUAUUUCAUGGGUGGAUUUCACCAUUUACUCGGCUAUGACUUUUCUGUGAGGAUACACAGCCUUCUCUCAUUGCGUUAUCAUUGGUCAUCCUGCUCCUUUGAUAGCAUCUGACUGUACAUUUAGGUGGCAUCACAUAACCGUGUUUUGUGUUCUACUCUGUGUGCACCUUCCCGAUUUCCUGUGAGUGUGUGUGAGGCUCAGUUGGGCUGGUCGUAGUGUACAUACAGUAAAGGACCGGCUCCAGUGGGUUAGGCAGGUACACAACAGAAGGAUAGCAGGGACAUUCCCUUUCUCUCACACAGGGAAACAGUACACCGACUCAGAGCUGCACUAGUUGUGUAAACCAACCCUCUCGUGAACCCGAGAUGUCUUGUGGUUUUAGAGACCGACAAUAAUCUUCUAGGUUUUGGAAUUCUAUAUUCAACAAACACAGCUAUUUAGAAAGGAAAAUACAAAUAUAAGAAGUAUAUAUACUCGCUUACUCAUAAUACGACCUUACAGGCUUUUAAACAGGUGUAGGAAGACCGUUCAUUUGAUGUGCAACUGCAAUAGUACUGUUUACCUGUGGCUGAGAAUGGUGAGUGUACCUGCUGCCAUACCAUUUUACCAGAACUGGUAAGGACCGGAAACUGUAAAUAGGCAUAGAGCUGUCAGUGGCAGCACUGCAGAGAAGGGUAGCAGACAUUUCUAUAUGGUCAGAUCUCCAUCGAGGUCAGAAUGGCAAUAAGCAGCUACGUUUUGAUUAGUUGUGUUCCUGUAGACCGACUGUGAGCCGAGCUACGAGGGGUGAAACGAGAUGUGCAAUAUGGCGGAGUGACCCUUUCACGUUGGAGAUCAUGUCUCGUCACGUCACGACCGUAUGUGGUACUUGUGUUGGUGUUGCUCUAUGUGAAACGAAGACUCUUUAACAUAUUUGUAAUGUUCAUGAUCAACUGCGUGCAAUAAAUCCAACAAUAAAACACUUCAAUAUUGUGGUUUC